AUGAAGUUCUCUACCUCAAUGAUUGUUGCCUUUGCAGCCAACUCGGUUCUUGCCCAGACAAUUUACUCCACCAUUGUCCACACCCUAAUCUUGACUGAGCCUGGUACUAUCAUUUCAACUUACACCAAUGAUGUUGUCCCUAUCUCCACCAUUUCAACUCAAUCUUCUGUUGAGGCUGCCGCUACUACUUCUUCAGCUUCAACUACUUCUACCCUCUCUUCUUCGGCUGAGCCUACUACUUCUUCGGUUAUCUCUUCUACCAUUACAUCUUCUUCUUCUUUCACUUUCACCUCUACUGUCACCUCUACCGUUAGCAGACCUUCCACCUCUUCAGCUGUGAAGUCCACCUCUACUCCAGCUUCUUCCGUGGUUUACUCUACCACUUUCCCUGUCUCUACUUCUGGAGCCGAUACCACUAACUACAUUGUUCCUCAGAAUGAGUCCGAGCCUGUCACCAUCAGAAUCACUAAGACUGUUGUUUCUACCACUUUGCCUGUCUCCUCUUCUCUGCCUGCUUCUUCGGAUGUGGCUGUUGCUCAGAACUCCACAGCCCCCAUCACUACUACCAUUGUCUCUUCUCAACCCACCGUUAAUGCUACCGCUACUACCCCAUCUGUCUCUCGUGUUUCUUCUUCAGCUGCUUCGAGCACUUCUCCUGCGCCCGUCUCAACCAACGGUGCCUCUUCCUCUGGUGCUGGUGCCAGUAUGGUUGGAGGUGCUGUUGCCGUUGCUUUGAUGGCUGCUUUCCUUUAA